AACAGACUACAAUUUGAUUUCUCCCCAGUCAAAGCUUUGUCAAAGUAAAAUUAAUGAAAGCAAGAGCGUACUGGGUACUGCAGAGGACUGACGUCAAGCAGAAUAUCCAUACCGUUUACAAACGGCUAGUCUUCCAACGGAUCCAAACAAAUCCGUUACAAUCAACAGAAAUAGCAAAUAUGUCGUGCUUUGCAGCUCGGGUUAGCUCCCCUGUAUUGGCUUCAUGCAGGUCCCCAUCAUUGAAGAGUUGCGGUGAUAUUGAUUCCACUGCAGAAAUGAUGCAUUCAGGAUCACCUGUUCUGCGAUCAUCCCCAUUGAGCAAUGCAGGUUCUCCAAGUUUGAAUUUGAGCUUUAACAAUGUGAAUCACCAGCACCAUCAUUCUCCUUCAAAGAGUUCAAUACAUGCAUCUAGGCUUCGCCCCCUCAUUCAUGAUGAGAAUCACCCUCCUCCAUUACAAGUGGAGCAUACUAAUAAUAUGAGUGUUUUGGGGCAGAGCUUGAAGAUUUCGCAGAGAGGGAGCAGACAGAGAUUUCCAACCAAGGGGAAAGAAUACGCUGAACUAGGAGUUUUGACAGAGCUCAAUACUGAUCUAGAAAAUGAUUUUGGUUGUUUAAAUGCACUCUCUUCUCCUCCGCUCAAAAGAAAACGUCCUCCAAAGCUUGAUAUUCCGAAGUCUCCCAGAGAGCUUAAUAGGAUCGACCUUAAUGACAAAGCUGCAAAGGAAGAAAGCGUUAGUUUUGAAGGUGAUUACUAUGGGGUUUAUUGUAAGAAGGGAAAGAAGGAAUUCAUGGAAGAUACCCACAAGGUCACCACAAACAUUAAUGGGGACGAUCAGCAGGCAUUCUUUGGUGUUUAUGAUGGGCAUGGAGGCCGCAAAGCUGCAGAAUUUGUUGCAGAGAAACUCGGACAAAAUAUUGAGGAUUUGAUGGUCAAAUCAGGAGAUCUAGAGAAGGCAAUGAAAGCUGGGUAUUUAGCAACAGACAAACAGUUUUUAGAGCAGGGUGUAAGCAGUGGGGCAUGUUGUGUAACUGCUUCGAUCAAGGAUGGUUGUUUAGUUGUUGGUAAUGUUGGGGAUUGCCGUGCAGUACUAAGUAGAAAUGGAAAUGCUGAAGCCCUAACCUGGGAUCAUAAACCAGGAACAGAGAAAGAAAAGAAAAGGAUUGAAAACCUGGGUGGUUAUGUGGAUAUUCAUCAUGGAACCUGGAGAGUACAGGGAACCCUAGCUGUAUCUAGAAGCAUAGGAGAUUUGCCCCUAAAACAAUGGGUAUCAUCUGAACCAGACACCAGAAAACUGCCUAUUACAUCUGAUUGUGAAUUUAUGAUACUGGCAUCUGAUGGACUUUGGGAGAAGGUCAAUAAUCAAGAGGCAGUGGACAUUGCAAGGCCUUUUUGUAUAGAAGAAAAGCAAGUAAAAAAUAGACUUCCUGAACUUUUUGAACUAGGACAAGCAUGGAAUGAGAACAAUAGCCCCCCACCCAAGGCCAGGAAAAUUUCUUUGGGAACUUUGCCAAAGAUUCUGAAAGUCAGGAGUGUGAAUGGCAACUAUGCCAAUAUAGGGUGCUACGACCAAGAUCUUAAGGAGAAUACACAAAUGCCCGGGCCCCAAUUGUCUAUUAGAGGUCCUAUGAUGGCUUGCAAAAAGCUUGUGGAGCUUUCUACAUCUAGGGGUACACUCGAUGAUGUAAGUGUCAUGAUUGUUGAUCUGAGAAACUUCUGCAGAAGAAAGAGUUAAAAAUUUAAUUUAGAGAAGAUUUAAUGUUAUGUAGGGAAAUCCAAUCGGCCUUAACUUUUGGGUACCAGCUAUUAAGUUAGGACCACUGGUAAGGUUUGUGAAAAUAUUUGAAGAAUAAUAAACAUCCUCUUUCCCAUAUCUGAAAAGAUGAGCGCAGAAGUUUUUGUAAGGGAAUUAGAGGUAUGUUAAUGACGAUACUCGAACUAGGAAGUCUUAAGGAGAAUCUGUGUCUGCUGAUUUGUUCACUCGUUCAAAAAGGAAAUUGUUGCUAGUCUAGUUAGAUUCCUUGAUUUUGGAUGGAGGGAUGUAAAGCUACAGAUUUUAAUUGAUUCUUUUUAACAA